GAGCGAGAGAGUGAGAGAAUACGAGGGGGAGGCGUGUGGAAACAUGUAGGAAAGGAGUCAUUUUGUGAUGUGGCUUUGUCAUGGCUUCUGCAGAGCAAAACCAGUCUGAGGUACCGACUCCAAAUGAUGCGCCACCACAGAAUGGCAUUCCACUGGUGCAGUUUUCUGAGAAACCAUCGCUGGAAGAAAUACGGUCGCAGAUGCAGGAGUUUGCCUCGGAGCGGGACUGGAACCAGUACCACACGCCACGUAACGUCCUGCUGGCCCUGGUCGGCGAGGUGGGCGAGCUCUCGGAAAUAUUUCAGUGGCGCGGCGAGGUGUCUGCCGGUCUGCCCGGCUGGUCGGCCGCCGACCGCACGCGGCUCGAACACGAGCUCUCGGACGUGCUACUGUACCUGGUGCGCCUGUCAAACGUCUGCGGCGUGGACCUGCCGGCCGCGGCCGCGCGCCAGAUGGCGCACAACGCCGCCAAGUACCCUGCCGAGCGGGUGCGCGGCGACAGCCGAAAGUACGACCAGUACGACGAGUACACACGGGAACGGGAGACUCCAGACGGUGAGGAGAGCAGCUAACGACGGCUGGACGCCAAGACGCCGUGACCGCAGGUGGGGACGCGGGGACUCAUUGGUAGGGGGGCGGUGAAAGGGGUGGUCGGGGUAGGAGAACAGCUAGAAACACCCCGGCGUGAUGAUGGCGGAUGAAGUUGAAAGUGUGUGGCGGCUUCGGAGGCCGGCCAGAUUCCAUUGUUCCGUGAUCUGGGGGUCUGAGUGCGUGUUCAUUCCUUCAGUACUUGAUAUUGGAUGUCGACUUUUUGAUAGGAGAGCUCUGAUGAUGCUUUGUCUCGUUUCUGGUGAUGUUGGCCAACAAAACCCCGCGUGAAAGUGACGUCCGAACGGCAGGUCUAGGUGAUGACAACAGUCAUAUGGUUAAUAAGGCCAAUAUGCGUCAUUGCGAUCUAUCGCAUAAGGUCCUUGGCUUAAAGCGGUCGGCAUGACUGACUCGUAGAAAAUUAACGAGUCCAUACUGUCACCGGCUCUGGGCUGAUCAUUGGCCAAGAGACCCGACCUGAGAGGCACUAGAUAUGGAACCGUAUGCGGCGAGGCUGCGUACCAAUGAUAUUAUGGGAAUGCUGCCGUUCAUUCUGAACUGUCUCAUAUUUGUGCUUCUUACGCGUCGGGUGGGGAGGGGAGCUUUUGUGCCCACCCUUUUCGGAUGUUCUAUGUCCCGUUGUCAUGGAACGAUAUCUUCCAGACAUUGUUGUAAAUGUCGCAGGAGUUAUCCACUACUCGCGCUUUUGAUAAUUGCAUUUCAUACUUAUUCCUGUUCUCAGGGAACUAAGCUGCUCCAAAAUAUACAUGUGCAGUACGA